AUGAUGCUGCAAAACCUGUGUAGGCUAAAUUGUAGCUGGGAUGAUGAUAUUCCCCAAGUCUACCAGUCGCAGUGGGCUAAGUGGCAAGAAGAUUUAAAGAAGCUUGGCACAUUUAGAGUGGCGAGAUGUCUUAAACCCAAAGGUUUUGGACAGGUUGUAAGUGCCAGAUUACAUCAUUUUUCUGAUGCUUGUGAAAAUGGUUAUGGCACUGUUUCAUACCUGAGGCUACAAGAUGACAGUGAGCAGAUCCAUCUUUCCUUUAUCUUAGGGAAAGCAAGAGUUGCUCCAUUAAAGAAAGUGACAAUUCCAAGGCUGGAACUUACAGCGGCUGUGCUGGCAGUGCGAAUUGACAGAUUGUUGAAAGCAGAGCUUCAACUUAAACUGGAAAAUUCCACCUUUUGGACAGAUAGUACACCAGUACUAAAAUACAUCCAGAAUGAGACAAAGCGCUUUCACACCUUUGUGGCUAAUAGGAUUUCUUUUAUUAGAGAAGCCACUGCCAUUUCACAAUGGAGGUAUAUUGAUACAAGGCAGAAUCCGGCCGAUGAGGCAUCUCGGGGUGUGAACGUUGAGUAUCUUCUUUCGCACAGCAGAUGGAUUUAUGGUCCAGACUUUCUUUUCAAGAAUGAAAGUAACUGGCCCAGCAGUGCUGCAAAUUCUCCAUUUAUCAGCAAUGAUGACCCAGAGGUUAAAAAGGAGGCUACAGUGAAUACAGUAGUCAGCAAAAGUUCACAGAAUGCAACAGACCAGUUGAUAACCUAUUUCUCAUCAUGGAAAAGGCUUAAGAUGGCGGCAGUUUGCUUUUUGCAGACGUUACAGGGGAAAGCUUGGUGA